AUGAAACUGCGUGUCGCAAACUUCCUCCUCUUUGGGGAUCAGACCGUAGAGAAGCUCCCAGCCAUUCGGCACCUGGUGAGCCAUGGCGCGUCCUCACCUCUUGUCCAGAGAUUCCUGCGUCAAUUGUGCGAUGCGGUACAGCUCCAGGUAAGCAAGCUGCCUCUGCACUCGGAGCAACGCAGCAACAUUGGGAACUUCGACAGUAUCCUUCGACUAGCCGAGAACAAUGCCCGGCUGGAGGAGCCCAACGAGAUCAUUGCCACCGUCUUGAUGAAUAUCGCACGUCUGGGAGAGCUCAUUCUAUAUGCAGAGCAAGACCCUACCGUUCUCGCCUCCAAAGGCAACCGCAACUGUAUUCUGGGAUUCUGCACCGGCGAGGUGGCCGCUGCUGUGGCCGCCGUCGCGCAGGACACCAACGAACUUGUCGAGCUGGGAGUCGAGGUGACACACAUCAUCUUUCGCAUGGCCCGCGAACUCAAUCGCCGGUCUCUCAUGGUUGACCGUACCAACGGCCCCUGGGCCCGGACAAUACUGGGCAUUUCAGUCGAUCGCGUCCGGGAAAUCCUACAAGACUUCCACGAGAACCAGUCUAUUCCUCGCGCGCGACAAGUCUGCAUUGGCUUCGUCUCAGAUGGCUGGUUGACACUCUUUGGCCCUCCCACAACUCUGCAACGGCUUUUGGAAUGGUCGGCAGAGUUGGAAGACGCUCCGCAAAUCGACACUGACGCCCGCGGAGGCGUGCACAUGGAGACGUUGCCAGAAGUUGACCCGGAUCGGAUUCUUGGCUCAUCGCCAUGGCUGGACCGGGCCCCCGUGCACACGGCCACCAUAAUCUCGCCCUACACGUGCAAACCGCGGCAGCAGAAGACGUUGCGAGGGCUUCUGGAGGAAAUCAUUGCAGAUGUCGGGCAGAGGACGUUGAAUUUGGCCACGUCAAUGAACGCGGCUCUUGAGCUCGCACAGGCAGACAAGAUCCGUCUUGUCAUGCCCGGCUACACGAGCCACGACGUCUACUUUCAAAAAUUACUGCAAAAACGCGGCAUAGAGUAUUCCGUCAUGUCACACGGGGACCAUUUGUCGUCGGGUCCCAGCCGACAGGGUUCAGGCCUUGUGGCUGUCGUCGGCAUGUCUGGGAGGUUCCCAGGGAGCGGCGACAUCAACGCAUUUUGGGAGGGUCUUUUGGAGGGCAAAAGAUAUAUCCAAGAGAUUCCAAAUACACGAUUUGACCUGGAGCAAUGGUACGAUGCCACGGGAAAACAAAAAAACUCUACCAUGGCGCGGACAGGAGCCUUCCUUGACAAGCCGGGCAUGUUCGACAACCGCUUAUUCGACAUGUCGCCCAGGGAGGCCAUGCAGACAGACGUCCAGCACCGGCUGCUCAUGACAACCAGCUACGAGGCACUGGAGAUGUCGGGCUAUUAUCCCGAUGGCACGCUUUCGACAAACAAGGACCGCGUCGCCUCCUUCUUUGGCCAGACGUCUGAUGAUUGGCGAGAGGUGGUGGUCCACCAAGGGGUAGACAUCUACUUCGCCACGGGAAGCUGCCGCGCUUUCGGACCAGGCAGGCUGCACCACCACUUCAAAUGGGGAGGUCCGUCUUAUAGCGUCGACUCGGCCUGCUCUUCCAGCAUCGCAGCCGUCGGUUUAGCGUGCUCGGCGCUCCUCGGCCGCGAAUGCGACAUGGCUCUGGCUGGUGGAGGAUCCCUCCUCCUCUCCCCAUCACCCUUCUCGGGGUUAAGCCGUGGCGGUUUCCUGUCCGCUCAUGGAGGGUGCCAGACAUUCCACGACAAUGCCGACGGUUACGUCCGUGGAGAGGGAGUUGGCGUGGUCGUUCUCAAACGGUUGGAGGACGCGCUGGACGACCAAGACAACAUCCUCGGCGUCGUCCGGGGAUCCGGACGCAACUACAGCAGUGAUGCUUCUUCCAUGAUGCAUCCCUCGGCAAAUGCUCAGAAAAAGCUGUACUGCGAUGUGCUGGAGCAAAGCGGUGUAGAGGCCAACAGCAUCUCGUACGUGGAGAUGCAUGGAACUGGGACACAGGCCGGAGACUUUAUGGAAAUGUCCUCGGUCUUGUCAACUUUUGCAGAAAAGCGAGGCUCCGAUAAUCCGCUCAUUGUUGGGGCCCUCAAGGCAAAUAUUGGCCACGGGGAGGCUGCGGCCGGUGUUUGCGCUCUUAUCAAAACCCUCAUGAUGCUUCAGUCUCGACAGAUUCCCCCCCAGCCUGAUCUUCCUGGACCUAUUAACCACCGCUUUCCUGAUCUAGCAGCCCGUAAUGUAUACAUCGCGGCCCGCAAUAUGAGACUGGAGGCCAGUCCAGUGGCCAAGGGCACGCUACGCGUGUUUCUCAACAGCUUCGACGCCUCGGGAGGAAAUUCGUGCUUGCUGCUUGAAGAAGCUCCGCCACGAGCCGUCAAGGAUGCAGACCCUCGAGGUCACCACGUCGUGACGUUUUCAGCCCGUUCCCAGAAGUCACUUAUUAGCAUCAAAGAGAGAUAUCUGGCUCAUCUGCGCCAACAUCCGGGCACCAAACUGGCCGACUUGGCCUAUAGCACAAGCGCUCGACGCAUUCAUGGGUUAUUGCGGUACGCCAUCGCCGCAUCUUCCAUUGACGAGGUCGUGCAAUGCCUGGAGACGGAUCUCGCCCAGGGGAAAACACCACGUCAGCCUCCGGCAACACCGACGGUAGUCUUCACAUUUACCGGCCAAGGCGCACACUAUGUCGGCAUGGGGGCAAACUUGUGGGAGACGUCUGCCACAUUCCGCAAUACGCUCCACGACUACCAGACAAUGGCCAGCGCUCAAGGCCUCCCCCAUUUCCUGCAUCUCAUCACAGACAGCAGCACACCCGCGCCACAGUCAGGCCCGGAUACUGUGCAGGUACAGCUGGCCAUGGUAAGCUUGGAACUGGCCCUGGCCAAGCUCUGGCGCUCCUGGGGCAUCCAGCCAGCCAUGGUCUUGGGCCACAGCCUGGGCGAAUACGCGGCCUUGUGCGUGGCCGGAGUCUUGUCCGUGAGCGACACUCUGUACCUCGUCGCCAAGCGAGCACAAAUCAUGGCUGGAGCCCUGACGCCGCACGAAUACGGAAUGCUGGCUGUGAAUCUAAGCGUUGCUGACACGAGGGAAGUGCUCUCGUCUGGCCAGCAUACUUCCUGCGCCGUGGCUUGCAUCAACGCGCCCAAGAUGACAGUCGUGAGCGGCUUGCGCUCGAAGCUGGACGAUCUCCAGGACCAACUCAAGUCGGACGGCACCCGGUGCACUCCCCUAUCUGUUCCCUACGGCUUCCACUCAAGUCAGCUUGAUCCCAUCUUGGGCCAGUUCGAAGAGGCCUGCCAGGGCGUGACCUUUUCCGCGCCGAAUGUCCCGGUCGUUUCCACGCUCUUGGCUACGACAGUCCGGGAAGAAGGAACAUUCUCUCCGGAGUACCUGGCACGACAGGCGCGCGAACCCGUCGACUUUGUCGGGGCAUUGGGCGCGGUGCAAGAGCACAAGUUUCCCUCCCUGACCUUCCUCGAGAUUGGGCCCGAUCCCGUGUGCUCGGGUCUUGUAAAUGCUACGCUAGGUGCCGAUGAGGCUGCAUUGCGCUGCGUUGCCUCGAUGCAUCGCGGAAAGGCCAACUGGGCGUCGAUAUCGUGCAGCUUGAGGGAUCUCUAUACGGCGGGCGCCGCCAUUGAUUGGCCCGCGCAUCACCGGGAUUUCAAAUCAUCGGUAUCCCUGCUGGACCUCCCAAAGUACUCGUUUGACGAGAAGGAAUUCUGGGCGUCGUUCCCCGAUCGAGACCUUCAGACCAUUGGAGACGUCGAGACCAAGCACAGCCAGCCGCCUGCCAUUGUUCCCUCGGUACAGGGGUAUUGCACGACGACUCUGCAGCGGAUCACGAGGGAAACAAUCGAGCCCGAUGGGUUGUCGGUUACUUUUUCAUCAGACCUAGCAGACCAGCACCUACGUGCAGCAGUGCGAGGCCACGCCGUGGCCGAUGUGGAAAUUUGCUCCAGCAGUCUCCUCUUGGACAUGGCACUCUCCGCGGCCCAAUACGCCUACAUGAAGCAUUCUCCUGGUCAGAAGAUGCCAGUGCCAUUGACGGUCCGCAACUGCUAUUUCCACCGGGGUGUUGUCUUGACGGACAAGGCCCAGACCGUGGAAGUCACCGUCACUCUUACAUCCUCGGCCAAGACUGCGGAUAUCCGGUACCACUGCCGCACGCCGGACGAGUAUUACGAGGUCGGGGCCUGCCAGGUCGUCUUGAAGCCAGCAAGCAAACCAGACCAAGCUGGCUUCCUGGUUCGGUCCCGCAUGGCUGCUCUCAAGGCGUCCGCAAGUCACCGGCUAGGCAGACGCGCAGUCUAUCGAUUAUUCGACAACGUUGUGCGCUAUUCCGAACAGUACCAGGGGCUAGAAAAUGUCCACUUGUCAGAGGACAUGCAGGAUGCCGUGGCGGAAAUCAACAUGGCACAAGUCCCAGCCGCGGGCGGCCAUUACCUCCACCACCCAUUCUUGCUCGACUCGAUUGUUCACUUGUCGGGCUUCUUGGUGAACAAUGGGCUUCGCUAUUCCAGCGAGUGGGCUUGCCUUUCCACCGGCUUUGACGAGUGGCACCUGCUCAAGCCGCUUGAUCCCACCACUGUGUACACCAGCUACACCUUCAUGGAGGACUCUCGGUCGACGAGCAAUCUGGUAACGGGCGAUGUAUACGUCUAUGACGGAGAGGAGCUGGUCUCGGUGCUGACGGGGCUCCAGUUCCAAAAGAUGAAGAGGACGGCACUCACUCAUCUACUGAGCCCCCCGACAAUCGGCAACAUGGCCGCCAAGCCGAGUACACGUAUGCCAACCAUGGCACAAACGGAGCUGUUGCCGGUUCCUACUCCACCGGCUACAGCAAGUGUUGAUGAUGGCGAGGGGGAGAAAUUCGACUUGGUCAAUACACUGUUUUCCAUUAUUGCACGCGAAGUGGGCGUGGAGCCAAGCGACUUGGAGGGCGACGUCAACCUGGCGAAUUUGGGUAUAGAUUCCCUCAUGGCCAUUACCAUAAUUUCAGUCAUGCAGCAGGAAACAGGUGUCGAGUUGCCGGGGACCUUUUUCCUCGACAAUGCCACUACGACGGCAGUCAUUGCGGCGGUAGGGUAG